GACUGGACGCACCGUCCCCGCCGUCCCCCCUUCUCUCCCCGGCUCUGUCUCUCGGUGGAUUUACACCUGAACCGGCUCGCGGCUGGACGAGGAGAUUUUCCCGCCGGUUUGGUCCCGUGUUUUGGAAAUAAGCGGAGCCGUUGUGGAUUAAUGUGCCCGUGAGUGUCGAGGCUGGACGGAGACGGAGCGGGUCCGGCUCCCGUCCCGGCUCCCGUCUGUCUUCUGUCUUUGUGGAGAUGUGGACGCAGAAAGCUUUAUAGACAGAGGAGUUACUCAGGACUGGAACAGCCUCUGGAGUCUGGACUUGUUCUUCUUCUCUCCCUGGACCUGGACCUUUCUCGCUAGCUCUUUGGCUCUCCUGUGGAGCUGCUUGUGAUUGGACGACCCUGGAUUCAAGGACGUCUGAGGGGGUCCACCCCCGCCUCCGGACUUCCUCUUUACUUCUUGGACCACAGUGAGAACUUCCUGUACUGUCACUACUGUCACCUGACCGGCUGGAGGCUUCACCUGUCGGUCACCGCAGAGUUCUAGACUCCGACGCCCGCCAUGACCUGCUGACAUCCCCCCGCGGACCCCCCUCCCCUCCUCUCUCUCUGACGAAAUGGCCCCGACCGAUUGGCUGUCACCAUGGCGGCCGCCGCCGCUGUUGCUGCUGCUCCUCCUCACUUUGCGUUUCCUGUCUGAGUCGGCCUCGACCACGCCCUUCCCCAAAGAUCUGGAGCCAGUCAGCGUGGUCAGCUCAGAGCAGUCGUAUCAGUAUCCGGGUUUUCAGGGUUUGCUUCAGGACAACGACACGCUGCGUCUGGGCCUGGACUUUCAGAGGAUGUUACGCAUCAACCACAUGUUGUACAUCGCCGCCAGAGAUCACGUGUUUGCGGUGAACCUGACGACGGCUUCAGAGGAGUUCGUACCUCUGCUGAAGCUGACGUGGAAGUCCAAAGACGUCAGCAAGUGCACGGUCAGAGGGAAGAACAGCGACGAGUGUUACAACUACGUCAAAGUCCUGGUUCCCAGAAACGACGAGACCCUUUUCGCCUGCGGUACCAACGCUUUCAACCCCACCUGCCGAAACUACAAGAUGACCUCCCUGGAGCAGGUUGGGGAGGAGGUGGUUGGCCAGGCUCGUUGUCCCUUCGAGUCCGGUCAGUCCAACGUUGGACUGUUCGCUGGCGGAGAUUUCUACUCGGCCACCAUGACGGACUUCCUGGCCAGCGACGCCGUCAUCUACAGGAGCCUGGGAGACGGCCGACCCGUCCUCAGGACCGUCAAGUACGACUCCAAGUGGCUCCGAGAGCCUCACUUCCUGCACGCCAUCGACUACGGUAACUACGUCUACUUUUUCCUCAGUGAGAUUGCAGUGGAGUACACCGCUCUGGGAAAGGUGGUGUUUUCCCGGGUCGCCCGGGUGUGUAAGAAUGAUAACGGCGGAUCUCCCAGAGUUCUGGAGAGAUACUGGACUUCUUUCCUCAAGGCUCGUCUGAACUGCUCGGUUCCCGGAGAUUCCUUCUUCUACUUCGACGUUCUUCAGUCUCUCACCAAUGUGCUGCAGAUCAACCAGAGACCCGCUGUGGUCGGGGUCUUCACCACUCAGGCCAACAGUAUCCCCGGCUCUGCAGUUUGUGCUUUCUACAUGGACGAUAUAGAGAAAGUCUUCAAUGGGAAGUUUAAGGAGCAGCGGACCAGUGACUCGUCCUGGACUCCUGUACCUGACGAACAGGUUCCCAGGCCGAGACCUGGUAUGUGCGCAGGCGACGGUCUGGCUGCAGACUACAAGUCGUCGGUUCAGUUUCCAGAUGAGACGCUGACGUUCAUCAAGUCGUAUCCUCUGAUGGACGAAGCUGUUCCCUCCGUCAACGACCGGCCCUGCUUCACCAGGACCUCCAGCAGGUCUAAGUUGACGCAGAUAGUGGUGGAUGUUUCAGCCGGUCCCUACAAAGACCGGACGGUGAUGUUCCUGGGCUCCGACGACGGUCGAGUCCUGAAGGUUUUGGCAAGCACACAUCCCAACGAUAGCUUUGGAUCCAAACUGCUAGAGGAUAUCGACGUUUACAACCCGUCCAAAUGCAAUGUUCAAGGUCAGGAGGACAGGAGGGUUCUGGGAAUGGAGCUGGACAAAGACCAUCAUGCUUUGUUUGUAGCCUUCACCAGCUGUGUCAUCAGAGUGCCGCUCAGCCGUUGCGCUCAACAUGGAGCCUGUAAAAAAGCCUGCCUGGCCUCUCGUGACCCAUACUGCAUCUGGCUGCGGACCGGGAGUUGUGCCAACAUGGCCCCAGGUUUCAAGUCAGGGUUUGAACAGGAUAUCGAGGGCGACCACUCGUUUCAUCCAGACAGCUGCCACGCCGACGUCUUGGCGACAACACGAAACCAGGAGUCUGGAGCCGACUCCGCCUACGGUGUUCGUCGUCUUCCGGAGACGGACCAGCGCGCCAGCGCUAACGUCCACUACACCCUGCUGAUCGCCUGCGUGCUGGUGGCUUUCUUCCUGGGCGCCAUCUUGUCUGGCUUCCUGGUGUCGUGUUACUGCAGCCGCAGUGCCGCACACCGGGCGAAGAGGCUGGGCAAAGACCCUGAGGCGUCGCUGCCCCACGCGCUGUCGCUGCGAUCCCUCGCCAAGCUCAACGGACUGCUGGACGGACAGCCCAAGGAGGACAAACUGGAUGUGUCCACUCCGAAGAUGUACAGCUCAUUCAUCCCCAACGGCCGGGCCGAGUCACAUCUCCACACUCCCGGACAUCAGGGCCUGCAGCUGGGAGACCCCGAGCUCAGCCUCUCCCAGUCCCUGUCACAGGGUGAUGGAGAGCUGUCCGGCCUGCCCACGCCAGACUCCACUCCGGAGCUCCCCAUCAAGAACAUGAAGGCCCUGCGGCACCAUCAGUACGAGAAAAACCAGAAUUGCAAUAACGCCAAGGACCCAAAAUCUGGGCCAAGCUGCUCUGGCUCUAGUCCUGGUUUCAUGGCCGUCGUCGGCAACUCUUUGACCCAGCAGGUCUUUCCCUACUCUCAUCACCACAGCAACAGUCUCAGCAACGGAGCAGCCCACGGAGCAGGCACUUCUUCGACUUCACUGCACCUCCCCGAGGAGAUGAAGAUCUCAAAUGAUGAGCGAGCAGCAGCAGCAGGAGGCGGGGGAGUCCCCCAUCAUCACCACUCCCAGCAGUCCCUCCCCCAGACCGUGGUGGAUGUGUCAGCGCUGGACGAGCUGCUCAAACACAUCCACGAGGUCAGCGCAUCGGGGACCGGAGGAAUCAAGGUCCUCACCUCCACCUCCUCGUCCUCACUGUUUCCCGGGCCAUCCUCGUCCUCCUCUGGAAGUCAUCAUCAUCAUCACCAUCAUCAGCACAGUCACCAUGGUCAGACGCGCACCCACCACUACAACCCCAGUCAUCACCAUCACCACAACAACAGCAGCAGCAGCGGAAGCGGUCACCAUCACCAGCAGCAGAUCCCCGAGACUGAAUCAGCUUCGUAUUACAGCACCUCCACGCUACCUAGGGACAGCCUUCCCAAACGCCUGGACGCACCUCCUCAAAACUCCACCUCAUCCUUCGCAACCUCCUCCUCUUCUUCCUCUUCAUCCUCCAACAAUCCCACCUCCUCCACCUCCAUCCCUUCCUCCUCCUCUUCAUCCUCCUCGACUCCGCUCCAACAGCAGGUGAUUCCAGAGAGACCCGGAGGAAGCGGUGUCUCUGUGACACGCCACCACUCCCAGCGCCACUCCCUAAUCAAGAUGGGUAGUGGGGGCGGCGCGGUGCCUCGCCACCACAGCUUCAACCAACGGGGGACACAGCAUGCACACUUUCUAGCCAGGAUGAACACCAACAGCAGCAGCAACGGACCCCCGGGCGCAAACGGGGGGGCUAAUGCAAACACCAGUAUCAACAGCGAGAGCCAGCGGCCGUCGAUCGCCAGCACCUGCCUGACACGGCAGCACAGUUACAGUGAAGGACCGCAUGUGCAGCGGGCGGCAAUCGUCCGGAGAACAGCGUCACUCAAACCCCAAGUCCCACCAAAACCCUUGUUCCUGCCAAAUACAGCAACAUCACCGGUAGCAGAGGCAGGAAAGUACAACUACUGAGACUAUAGGAGUGGCGCCACUCCAGCGUGGCUGCUACAGUCCUCACUAAGUAAAGCAUCCCAAAAUGCCUGCAGGGCUUGUGAGAAAUGACAAAAUGAGAGCAUUGAUGGGACGGGGAGAUAUGAAAGAGACCUAAGAACUUUUUGACCCCAUCACUCCUCAUUAUGAGCCUUUAGUUGAGGUCAUUUUCCUGCUGCUGAGAGGAUGACGACUGCGGCCUCUCUUAGUCAUGACCGCUGCAUUGUAGCUGCUUUGCACACACAGGAGAGCCCUGAACAGAGCCCUACAGACAGACACUCUGAAGAUCAACAAAUAAUCAGGAUCUGUGACUCAUUUCUUCGGGCGGUCGCGGCCACUGGUGCCGACUUUCCCCUCAUGACAGACUGCGGAUCAAAACCGGCUCAGACGAGUCUGAGAAACAUUCCAAAAGCAGGGCAAAAAAUGUUAACGAUUCAAAAGGAGUCCCAAAGGCUCGAGGUGGCCUGUAAAAUUCUUGAUGAAUGCAGUUUUCUUGCGAACGCUUUGAUCUGAUGUCCCCGGUUGUUGCACGUUGGCACAAGGCCCAGAUUUCAUUUGCAAAGAUUCAAAAAAGCAGGGAAUCGGACUGUUGCACACCUGAUGUGACCUGAAUCUGGGACCACUGGGACAUUUCUUCAGGACUUGGAAUCAAACAAAAGUCAGUCGAAAAAACCGCCAGAGGGUAAUUUCCUUCUUUGCUUGGGAAGUCUGUUUGUCCCUCUGAAUCUGAGAAAUUUAAAUUGAAAGGAGGGUUCACUCACCUUUCUGUGAAAAAAAACAAAAGGAGGAAACAAAGCUGCAAGGAGGUCUUUGUUUUCAUGUCCGACACUUCAAGUUGACGGGACGUUCGAGAGAUGGAGAUUUUUGUAUACCAACACAUCAGCAACACUUCAAGGAAAGUGAGAAGAAAAAGAGUUACAAUUCAUGAACUGUGGAAUCAAAUCGAAAUGUCAAAAUCGAGCAGCCACUACUGACAGAGCUAUCUCUUUCCAGCCUGACAGUAUAUACGCACCAGAGGAAUCUUCUUUUUUAUACCACAUUGGUAUCUGACAAACAAACAAAGCAUUAAUGGAGCCCAGUAGGUGAACGAAGGGGGAUUUCUGCUAAAUGGUUCCCUCAAAUUACUAAUUCAUGCACUAAGUGCACUUAACACACCUUCAAUUUAGUCAUUUGCAUGGUAAAAUUACCUAAUUGAUUCCUGAAUUAAUAAUUGCCCUUAAAUGACUUAAUUUGCCCCCUUCAGAACCUCAAGUGCUGAAUUUUUAUGAACUGGCUGACAUCUCCAGGAUCUAUAAAAAUUGUUUAAAAGGAUGUCAAAGACAAAAUCAAACUGUAUUAAAUCCAAGAGGUCUGUUGUUAAUUUCAGGGUAUUUUUUAAGUAUUUUGAUGGAACUGUUUAUAAAAAAAUCCUCUCGUUGCCUACUGAGCUCUUUAGUUUGCACAGGAUUUUGUUAUUAACGGCUUGCAGUAGUGCAACAGGUGAGCCUGCCCAAACUGAAACGACAGCUCACAGAAUGAAAAGUAUAAUAAAGUUUGGCCUUUUUCUUAAAAUGUCAGGUCACUCAUAUUAAAAGAAGACACAGUUUCACACUCACCUCCGCUGCAGUGGUUUUCCCAUGGGGUGCCUUGAGAAAGGGCAAAAAGAAGUCCGGGGUCGUUCAUUUCCAUUGGUUUUACUUGACAUUUUACCAAAUGAAAUAAUUUCAGUAAUUACAAUUUUAUAUUGCAUUUUCAAGCAUGUCAAAAAGAAAAAAUAAACAAUCAAUCAAACACCAAAGCUGCCACAGUACAAAGACUAAGAGUCUAGUAGAAUGUAGUCUGGCUUUGGAACCCAUCUUUAGUUUAACAUGUUAAUGUGCUAACAUUUGUUAAUAAGCACUAACCUACAACUGUGCAGGUCGGGAGUGUCAGUUUUACAGGUAUUCAGUAAACCAAAGCCAAUUUAUUGGACAAAUUAAAAACUUGACCUGCUGAUGGCGCUACAGGAAAGGUUAAGGGAUUACUAAAUUAUGUCUGUACCAGAUACUGCGACAAUUCAUCCAGUAGUGGUAGAGAACAAUUAGUCAGUUAAUAGAUCUGCAGAAAAUUCAUCAGCAACUGUUUUGAAAAUGGAUUAAUCAUUGCAGUCAUAUAAUAAUAAAAUGCCAACAAUUAGCUUGUUCCCGCUCCUCCGGUGUGAGGAUUUUGUUUCUCUCUGUUUUAUAAUUGCAAGCUGAGUAUUUUGGGAUUUUGGACUGUGGAUUGGACAAAAAAAAAAAAAA